AUGGCAUCCCUAGGCAUCAACACCAGAAUCACUGACUUGGCCCCGAAUAUAUACUAUCGCAUCAGCGCAGCAAUCUUGCGAUACCAAGUGACCGGGGACUACACCGUCCUACUUCUGAAGGGAGUUGACGAACCCUAUUCCAACGGGCCGAAUUCUAGACACUGGUCUGAUCAUCGCCGAUGCUUCUUCGACAGGGCUGGCCUUGAACUCCAGCUCUACCGCACAAUCCAGGAGGUACAGUCGAAGAUAAUUGGAUUCGGACCCAAGACUACCACGAUACUCAACUAUGUGAUCCACGAAGAUUUUUCUCAGUAUGAAUGGGUGAAACAGGAUGGUUAUAGGUCUCUCGAUAUGCGCAUUGAAAUGAAGGAGGUGAUACGCCGGGGAUUUGAAUUACACCGAAUUGAAUCACGCCGCUUGGGAAUUGCGAUGUGA